UUGAAUCAGCCAAGUAAACGUCUAUUUCCACACCUUUUCCUCUUUCUCUCGUCUACAAGUGUUAAGCACACAUACCGACACAAUGUCCCUCUCAGACCUCGCAGAGACCCCGCAAUCGGGCGACAACACCACCAUCCCAGGCGCCAUCUCGCUCACCGUCCCGACCAACCUCAUCAUGCUCCCCGCCGCCGCUGGCCUUGUCGGGCUUUCCAUCGGGUUCAUCCGGGGCGGAAGUCGAGCGAGGUUGAGGUUCUUGGUUGAAAAUGCGCAUAGGAAACCCAAGACUGUCCAGGGAUGGUAUUUCUACACAAAAACGCGAAAUUACCGAGUCUUCUUUGGGGCUCUCAAAGCAGGUGGGAAAUACGCUCUCGGGCUGGGAGGGGCGACGGCAGGGUUUGUGCUGGUGGAUGAAUCUGUAGGCUGGGCGAGGGAACAGGUGUUUGGUCCUGCUGGGGAGAUUCAAGGUGUUGCCCAAGGCGGACCGGAAGGGUCAGCGGUGAAGCGAAAGGCCGGAUGGAGGAAGGGAGAGGUAAAGUGGGAGGAUGGCGGUGUGGCUGGUGGGUUAAUGGGUUUGGUUGUUGGUACUGCCUACAAGCUACCGAGACCGCUGUUCAUCCGAUCACUUGUCAUGGGUAUCGUCCUAGGCAGUCUUACGAGCGGUAUGCAGACCGUGCAGGCGCGUAUCGGCCGCAUGAGAGAAGAAGAGGAACGUAAAGCCAAGUUGACCGACAACCAACAACUUUCUUCGCCAGCGGCGGAAGCGGCAGCGACAUCGGCACUCGUGACAGAGGAGGUUGCACCCGUCAUGUCUUUAUCGGAAGAGACAAAACCGACAGAGGAAAUCGUAGUAGGUGGUGUCCCCGGAGAAGAGGAGCCAAGAGGUUGGUGGGAGAGUGUGAAGAGCUGGGUGGGUGCUUAAUGCUGAGUGGUCGGCUUUUUUGGAGUUCUGGUGCGAGGAAACUCAUCGGGGGGAAGGCGGUCUCAGUAACUUUUAUGUUGUAGUAAUACUUUACAAUGGCUUUGCAUGGCA